UGGGCGGCCCCCAAAUCGAGUUAUAUAACCGGUGUUCAUCCCUAUGGUUCAUCCUCUGCGCUUUCUUGAGUAGGCUACUUGAUCACAAUAAUUUUGUCGCUAUUACCACGGACUUUCUCCAAGCUGUAACUGAAGAAAUAUGGCCAAGAGCAUGACUCUGCUUUGGGGCUCCGGUUCGCCUCCGUGCUGGCGAGUCAUGAUCGCUUUGGAAGAGAAAAACUUGCAAGGCUACAACCAAAAACUGUUGUCUUUUGCGAAAGGGGAACACCGAUCGCAAGAAGUGUUGGACAUUAAUCCCAGAGGGCAGCUGCCGGCUUUCAAACACGGAGACAAUACAUUGAAUGAAUCGUAUGCAGCAUGCAUGUACCUGGAGAGCCAGUUCAAGUCUCAGGGUCAUAAACUGGUCCCAGACGGUGCAGCAGAACAGGCCCUGAUGUACCAGCGCAUGUUCGAGGGGCUCACCCUGAACCAGAAACUAAGUGACGUUGUUUACUACAACCUCAAGGUCCCCGAGGCAGAGAGGCUCGACUCUGCUCUGAAGAGGAACUUGGAGGCUCUGGCCACUGAGCUGACGCUGUGGGAGGGAUACAUGCAGAAGAUGGAAGCGGGAUCUUACCUGGCAGGAAAAGACUUCUCAUUGGCUGAUAUCACAGUUUUUCCAGUCAUCGCCUAUGCUUUCCGCUUUGGGUUGUCUGCAGAGCGGUAUCCCAGGCUGGGUCAGUACAAUGACCUGAUGAAUGACAGACCCAGUGUUAAAACCACUUGGCCUCCACACUGGCUUGAGAGCCCUGGGUCAGGCACCCUCAAGGACCUCUAACAAAUUCACACACCACACACACACACAUAAACAAUGCACUUAAAUAUACUUUUAUAUCACAGUAUAUCUACUGUCUCUUUACUAUGUUUGAAAAUGCUGUUUUAUAAUACUAAAUAAUAAAGUAAUU